AUGACACAGCCAGACUCUCGGCUCUUCCAGCCACUCAAAGUUGGGCGCUGCAUUUUGGACAACCGUAUAGCAAUGGCUCCCUUGACUCGAGCCCGAGCUCAAGACAAUCAUGUCCAUCAAACCUCGCUGGCGAAGGAAUAUUAUGCCCAGCGCGCUUCAGUCCCCGGCACUCUGCUCAUUACAGAAGGCACGCUGAUUAGCCCACAGGCAAGUGGCUAUGAGAACGUACCAGGGAUCUGGAAUGCCGAGCAAAUCGCUUCCUGGAAAGAGAUAGUGGAUGCGGUCCACGAGAAGGGCUGCUUUAUUUGGCUCCAGCUCUGGGCCCUUGGGCGUGUCGCCAGUGCGGAAUGUAAGGCAUCGGAAGGCACUGGGGGCGUCUUUGGUCCAAGCGCACUGCCUCUUGACAGCCCUUUUCUUGGCUUGACUUGGUAUAAGGACAAAGAUGAAAAGCCCGCUGUACCGCGCAGUCUCGAAGAAGGAGAAAUCCAGCAAUUGAUCGAUCAAUACACUACUGCUGCGUUGAAUGCGGUUGACGGUGCCGGCUUCGACGGCGUUGAGAUACAUGGAGCCAACGGUUUUCUUGUCGAUCAGUUUAUUCAGGAGAACAGCAACUGUCGUACAGACCGGUGGGGCGGAUCAAUCGAGAACCGCUCCAGGUUCGCAGUCGAAGUUUGCAGAUCGGUUGCGAAUGAAAUCGGAGCAGACAGGGUCGGGAUUCGCUUGUCCCCCUGGAGCGAGUUCAACGUGACAAGAAUGGCUGACCCAAUACCUCAAUUCUCGCAUUUGAUCGAGACUCUGAAGGAUCUCAAUUUGGCAUAUCUCCACCUCAUUGAGCCGCGAGUACAUGCCAAUACCGACAAGGAGCACGUAAACGAGGAGGAGUCGAACGAGCCUUUCAUUGAUAUCUGGGGCAAGAAGUCUCCGGUUUUCCUCGCAGGCGGCUUUAAUUCCGAAAACACUGGCGAAUAUGUGGAUGUAAAGUACCGCGAUAGAGACUUGGUGUGCGUCUUCGGUCGCUACUUCAUCUCGACGCCAGAUCUAGUCUAUCGGCUACAGAACCAAAUUCCGCUAGAGCCAUAUAAUCGGGCGACACUCUACAAAGUCAAAUCGCCAGACGGAUACACUGAUUAUCCGUUCUCAAGUCAGUGGCAGCGUAGGGUUAGACAUUGA